GCAUUGACCAACCUGCUGCUGGUCGUGCCAAUACUAGCAAAGAGCGAGUCAGUUGGAUAGACGUUUCUUCCGCGUUUGUACUAAUAAAGUGUAAAGUGAAUAGAACAGCCCGCGAUGCAAUCAAAGUUGUUUUGCCAAACGUCUAACUAAAAUGGCGUCGCUGUUUAUCAUUUAGUUAUCUUUUCUUUAUGUAAACGUCUCUUAGUGAUCGCAUCAGAGUGUGAGUCAUAAACCAACAUAGCAAUGACAGUUUUAUAGCACAAAGUGAGAAUACGUUUCCGAAACGUUUGUAGAAGACUGGCAAGAGUGAUUCGAAUAGCACAAUAAUGCGCGAAUUCAAAGUGGUGGUGUUGGGUUCGGGUGGGGUCGGCAAGAGUGCUUUGACUGUGCAGUUCGUGUCCGGAUGUUUCAUGGAAAAAUAUGACCCCACCAUAGAAGACUUCUACAGGAAAGAAAUAGAAGUAGAUAAUUCUCCGUGUGUAUUAGAAAUAUUGGAUACCGCCGGCACAGAACAAUUUGCGUCUAUGCGAGAUUUGUAUAUAAAGAAUGGCCAAGGAUUCGUAGUAGUAUAUUCAUUAACAAACCAUCAAACGUUCCAAGACAUAAAACCAAUGAAGGAAUUGAUAACGCGCGUGAAGGGCUCCGAGCGCGUGCCGAUCCUCCUAGUGGGCAACAAGGCCGACCUGGAGCACCAGCGCGAGGUGUCGCAGGCGGAGGGCUCGGCGCUCGCGCAGAUGUGGGGCUGCCCCUUCGUGGAGGCGUCGGCCAAGAGCCGCACCAACGUCAACGAGAUGUUCGCGGAAAUCGUGCGCGAAAUGAACGUUAGUCCUGAGAAGGAAAAGAAAACUUAUUGUUGUUGUACAGUGCUUUAAUGUUUAGUGUGUAAUGUGGCAUUUAUUUCUCGUAAGACUGCAAGGGCGAGGAGGGAGCGAGCCCGCCUCGGCCGCCGGCGGCCGCGCGACCAGCGGGCCGGGCGGCGCGUCGGCCGCCAGCGCUGGACCCCGGGCGGCCGAGCGCGCGUCAUAUCACGUUGUUAAUAUCUUUGAUACAUACCAUUGUCCAAUCGAGGUGCUUUAUCUUAUAUUUUCAUACUUUAGUACUGGUAGAUACUCCCGCAGUAACAGUUAUUACAGAAUAAUCAAAUAUCAUUUGAAACCGGAACAUGUAAUCUUUAGCUUCGUGUAAAGAUCAUCAUGAUUAAGUUCAUUUCAGUCUUGAAUGUUGACGACGAGUCAAACGCUGCAUCAAUUUUAUAUCAGCAACAUAACAUAUGUAAUGUAAAGUAAUAUUAGUAAACUUUGUAUAUAAUUUGAUGAGAUUAAUGAUGUGGAAGGACAAGGACGGUUUUAGAGAAUAAAAAAGCCAUCCAAAUAUGCAAUAAUCUUAUAUGAUUGUGUAGAGUGAAGUGCGCUGAGUAUGAGUAUACACUUAAGUCAUGCGGAUUGUGUUUUAUUGUGUAAAUUAUGUUUAUAUGAGAAUCAGUAAUAAUCAAGGAAAUACAGACAGAAUUGUCAGUUGCGUGAUUGUGUUUUAAAGUCUACCAGGAUUUGUGAUAAUACCUAUAACAAAGUAUCUAUAAUAAAAGUUUUAAGUGGGAGAUUAA